CUCGUUGACUGCUGAUCCCUCCCCAGAGCGUCAAUUUUGAUAAGAAAGAUAACAUACAAAAUUUAGGUCUUCUUCAUUUUGUUCCGAUUUUUCUCAGAUUCAUCCUAAGUAGCAAUUAGAAAUCGCCUUUAAUGGUACAGUAAACAUGGGCAAGAGUACAACAAUAAUCCCACGCAAUGCUACAGAUAAAGCAUUGUUUCUUUUCAUGGUAAUAGGCAUACCAUUUGGAGUCUUCUGGCUGGGAUUUGUUAUACUGCCACAUUACCAUGAUGAGUUGAACUCCAUUGUAGUGAUUCACAUUAUUGCAGUGGUUUUUGUCACCUACAACAUAUUCCACAAUCUUCUCCUUGUAAUAAGGACAGAUGCCAGUGGAAGGACCUCCUUUCUGCCUUCUGUGCUCAAACCUGGUUGGAGGUACUGUGCAAUUUGUCAAGUGAAUUACCCUCCGAGGUCAUAUCACUGCCAUAUAUGUGAUGAGUGCAUACUAAAGAGGGAUCACCACUGCAAAUUUACAGGUUGCUGUGUUGGCUACCAUAACCACCGUUACUUUUUGAUGGGAAUCUUUUAUAUAUUUAUUGGAGCUUUGUAUGGAAUUUACUAUCAAUGGGAGUAUGUGUAUGAAACGAUAAAUCUCCCAGUCAUGUAUUUUUUCCUCUGUUUACUUGCUCCACAUUUUGCUCUUCUUUUUGGAGCCAUAAAUUUGUGGGGUGUCCUUGUAGCUACUUUGCACACGCUUGGUCUUGCCACUCUCCUAAUGGUGUCGUACUUAUUACUGAUGCAGGCUAAGGCCAUAUGUCAGGGGCAGACUCAGUAUGAGAUGAAGCACAACAUACACGACUACAAUCUGAGUUUGCGCCAGAAUAUUGUUGAUGUAUUGGGCAGGAGAUGGAGAAUUGCUUGGAUUUCCCCCUUUAUACCAUCACCUCUCACUGGGGACGGUUUGAAAUUCCUCAGGGCAACUGAGUAUGAGCCACCAAAGGAUAUAUAACUCUUGUGUUUAGCAGUCCAAUACUAUAAAGAAAACUAUGCUAAUGAGAAGUAUAGAAUAAACAUGAGUAAAUGUGAGAUAGGCACUUGAUUUUAUUGUUAAUAUUGAACAGAACAAUCAAUUUUAUUGUUGAGAUUGAGCUGUCUAUGAAGCAUAAUUAGUGCCAAGCAUGUGUACAAAUAGCAUUUAAUAUGUGGAGAAAUAAUUGUAGUUUUGUAGUGCAGAGUAUGCAUUAUUUUCUAAAUGGAUGAAUAGUGUGUGUUUUGUGAUAUUAACCAGCUAAUAUUAGAUAGUGUAUCCUUAUGGCUCAACUAUAUCUGAAGUAAUGUUGCUCAGGCAAGUAUAUAUUGCUUGUAUUUAUGUAACAUAGUGUUAAAGCAUGAAGCCAUUUUAAGAAAAUGAGAAAUCUUGCAGAGUAAAGAACUAAGUAAACACUAGAUUAGCAUGGGUAAACAGUCUAUGUAAUUACAAGACUUGUUUAUGAAGCUUUCUUUUGAACCUACCUGUGAAAAUAUAUGCCUCUUUCAUUGGGUGCUACAAUGUGCAUUAUUAUGUGAAUUGGUUUCCUUUGGUUGAAUAUUUUCAAAGGAUGUGGGCUGUGAAUAGAGUUAGUAGUUAAAACUUAUGAACACAGAUUUGGUUACUACAUGGCUAGAUUUAUAUAUAGAUAUACAAUUAGAAAUGCAGUGUCUUUUUCCUUUGUUUAUAUAUUGAAGAUAGAUAGAAGUCAGUUUGCAUGAGUUUGAUGAAUUACAUAGCCUCUGACUUAACCCAUUGGUACAUUAUCUACUUUAGUUUUGUUUUGUUAAUUUUGUUUACAUAUAGAUGGCUUCACAAGCACUUUGCCACCAAGGAGUUAGUUACUAGGCCUAACUAACCACACCUGUUUAGCCCAAUACUUGAUUUUGGGGGAUUUUAGAUUUUUUAUUUCUAAUACUAUUAUUAUAGUUAUCAAUGUUGUUAUCAAUAUUAACACUAUUAAACAUGAUUAUAUCAACAGUACUAACUGUAAUAAAAAGUAACCCUCCCCCCCAAAAAAAAAGAUCAAGGAAAACAAAACUGUUGACAUCAGGGAGGCCACUUAAUAGAUUCCCUGUUGAAUAAGUACUCAUGGAGCCAUUUCUGUGUAAACGUAAUUUAUAAAAUGAAAUUAUAGUGGAUUAUGCAAAAUGCAUAAUCCAGCAAGAGUGUUUUUUAUGGAUUGCCAUAGGUUUGGUUACUAUACUUUCUACUAGUUGCAUAUGCAUUAUACAACAAAGCAGCUUGUAUGGUUAAAAGAUGCACUGUAUAGGUGUUACUUCUUCUAGCAGCAUAAUAUUAGCAUUAAUCAUUCCUAGAAUUAAAUACUGUAGUUUAAUAUUCCAACCUCCUUGAAGGGCAAUUUACUAUCAGGUGUAAAUUUCCAGUAAAAAAGAGUAAUCCUGUUAUAUCUCUUUCCACCAUAUUUAGAUGUGCACUGACUAAAUUUGGAAUUUUGGAAUGAAUUGGCAUUUGAAUUGAUUAUUUUUUCUAGGUAAUCUAGUAAAUCUGUCUUGUGUGCAAAAUUCACUUGUAUAUUUUCAAAUAUCCACAAAGCAUCUAUUGAUUUGAUCGAAAAUUUAAAGUAGGGAGGAGAGCACAGACCUGAUGGCUGCUGCAUGGACCUGCUCAGGACUCCAUUUUUUCUCUUCUUGUAGACCUUAACUGUUUGAACUUAAUACUAUUUCUGUUAUGGAUGAUAUGAUUAGUGCUAAGUUUUCAAUUUAUAUUUGUGAUUGAAUUCUAAGAUUUGUAUCCCAAUAUGUGAUAUAAUAUUGACACUUGAUUGACACUAGCACGUGCACAUACAUGCGCUCACUUACGUCCACACUCACUCUCACAUGAUUACUCACACUCACACUCAUACUCACAAUCAUACUCUCAUACUCUCACUCAUACUCAUACUCAUACUCAUACUAAUAUUCACACUCAUUCACAGCUCAGACACACAUGCUCAGACUCACUUACACUCACACUCACAUGUACAUUAACACUCACAUUGAUUGGCAGUGGUACUGCUUAACAUUUGAGUGAGACUUGCACACACACAUGCAAACACAAACACAUGCACAUACAUGAACAUGCACGUACAAAUGGAAAUGCACUUACACAAUAAUGCACACUCACAUGCAAACUCAUACACAUAUAAGUGCACUGUGAACUGAUUGAAUAAAUUUGAACCUUUCUGGCUGAUUAGGUCUUACAGAUGUAUUCAUACUUGAAACAUUAGGCUAAGUGAAUAUGAUGCUAAUAUGAUGUUAGGGCUAUUUUGAAUUUUAUGAUAAGGAGUUCUAUUUUCAUAACUGUUCAAGUUUAAAAUGAAUUAGUUUAUUGAAAAAAAUAGGGGAUGGAAGUCCACUAAGAUAUAUUUCGAAUUAGGAAAUGCCUUCAUUUCAUGAAAAAACAAAUGUUCUCUGGUAAUCACAACAAUUUACUGAAAUUGUGUGAUUUUAAUGUUUAAGGUAAAAAAUAGAUAUUGGAAAGAUAUAAAGAAAAGAAAAUUAAUGGAAAGAUCAAGCAUGUGAUGAUGAUAAAGGCUGUCAGAAAGGAAAAUAAA